UUGUUUAGUAAAAGAGACAAUAUGCACCUGAUGGUGCUGAAUGGCCAUUGUGUGACCGCAGGUCACUCUCUUCAGCUUUCCAGAUUGACCUGCACUGUGGUGGACCACUGACACAGCUCAUUUUAAAAGGCACCCAUACACACACAUAUACACAUACACAUUGCCCCUCCCACUAGCCUUUCUGCCUUUCACAAUAUUUCCUGUGUGAUCUAAAGACUACCAGAGCCCAUUAAAGACAUGGACUCCACUGGACAACCAUUACAGUAUCUGGAGACCUGUGACUUAUGGUGCUGUGAAAAUGAGGCCAGCCGUUUUGCUGAUGUGUUUUGUGGGAAUGUGCUUGUUCUCAACAACACUUUCUCUGAAAAUUUGUGCCUUUAAUGUCCAGAGCUUUGGGGAAGCAAAAGCCCACAACAAAAAAGUUAUGGGGAUUUUGAUCAAGAUCAUUUCCCGCUGUGACUUGAGUUUGAUUCAGGAGGUGCGAGACUCCAAAGGUGAAGCCAUCCCUGCACUGCUGAAGGCCUUGAACAGGUUUGACAAAUCUCAUGUGUACAAUCAUCUAGAGAGCAAACGACUGGGAAGGACGACAUACAAAGAGCAGUAUGUGUAUAUUUACAGGAAAGAUAUGCUCCAGGUGCAAGAGCAGUUCCAUUAUCCUGAACUGAACCAGCAAAUGUCUAAUGACACAGGCGUUUUCUCCAGGGAGCCUUUCAUAAUACGCAUCCAUUCACCCACCACCCUUGUGAAAAACUUUGUCAUCAUUGGUCAUCAUACCUGUCCUACAAAAGCCAUGAAAGAGAUGGAAGAACUUUUUGGAGUUUUCCAAGCGAUCAAAAAGAAAUGGAAAACAGAGAAUGUGAUGCUCCUGGGAGAUCUGAAUGCUGACUGUGGCUAUGUGACCAUUAAAGGCUUAAAGAGCCUCAGACUGAGAAACGACCCAAGGUUCCGCUGGCUGAUUACGGAUGAACAGGACACAACAGUCCGUGACAAAACUCACUGCGCUUAUGACAGGAUAAUUGUACAUGGCAAAGAACUGAUUUCUGGGAUUGUGCCGGAGUCUGCUCAACCAUUCAACUUCAAAAAUGAGUUCCGUUUAACUGAGCAGGAGGCUUUGGAAGUCAGUGACCACUAUCCGGUAGAAGUUGACCUAAAGCCAAGCCACCACUACCUCCUUCGUCAUGAGCUCUGACACAACAAGAAUCUCUGAAGUAACUCCAAGGCCCAGAACCUGCUGUUUUAGAAGAUUUUUCCAUUUUAUCAAAUAUAAAUUUGUCUCCACAUCCUUGAACAGCUGUUUCAAACUUGCCUCUUAUAGUAACUUCUAA